AUGCCUCCGCGAGGGUCACGUCCAGACGCGUCCCGGCGCGCUUCUUCGCGUCGAACGUUGGAGACGCCGGCGUUCGGGCCGUGGAACGUUGGAGACGCCGGCGUUCGGGCCGUGGAACGUUGGGUCGCCCGGUGCUGGGUUCUUCCUUUUGUUUACCGGGCCAUUGGUUCAAAGCACCUUCCCACCGAUAACAUCAGCUUUGUCCAUUUGGAUUCCCACCCAGACCUUCUUAUACCGGUGAACAUGCCUGCUGAUACUGUGUUUGAUAAAGAAGCUCUGUUUAGUGAGCUAAGUAUUGAAAACUGGAUUAUGCCUGCUGUUUAUGCUGGUCAUUUUUCCCAAGUGGUAUGGCUACACCCUCCUUGGGCUCAACAAAUUGAAGAAGGGACCCAUCAUUUUCUAGUUGGCAAAGACACCUCCACCACUACAGUAAGGGUCACAAGCACAGAUAAUUACUUCCUUUCCGACGGUCUCUAUGUCUCGGCUGAUCAGCUAGAGAAUGAGAAGUCUCUCCAUCUGAGCGUCUGCCUCGUGAAUCCCUCCAAAGCAUCCAGCGACUGGGAGGAAGAAAGCCAAGCUCUGCCUUGUGCUAAGAAACUCAAGUUAAGUGAGGUCAACACAGCUGGUGCUUCAAUCGCCUCUUCAUCGAAGGAUACUGGUGUCGCCCUCACCCACAAGGACACAGAGACACAGGCAGAAGGCUUAGGAGAGGGGCUCUUUGCACAUGAGCGAACUGCCGGCUUGCAGGGUCCUACCGCAUCUUGCUCUUUUGGGAAUCACACCUGCCAAACAACAGAACUUGUUAGACACAUUCUUCAAGUGUUGGAAAAGGCCAGCGCUUACGUGUUAGACAUUGACUUGGAUUUCUUUUCAGUGAAGAAUCCUUUCAAAGAAAUAUACAGUCAGGAAGAAUACAAGAUUUUGAAAGAAUUAUACAGUUUUAAGAAACCUAACAGCACUUCAUCAGAGGAGGAGUUGACUGACUGCGUUGAGAAUCGCAUCCAUCAGCUGGAAGAUCUAGAGGCUGCUUUUGCCGAUCUGUGUGAUGAUGACACUGAAGAGAACCUGGAAAGAUGGGCUUCCAAUCCUGGGAUGAAACCUCUAGUUCAGCUUGUGCAUAGUUUGAAAAAUCGACUGGGGACCCCAGAUUAUGAGAUGGUCCAUCAGGCUGGCCUUACAUGUGAUUACUCAGAAAUUCCCCACCAUGUUAGCACUGAGCAAGAGAUUGAAAGUCUUGUACACUCUGUGAAACAUCUCUUGAAGAAUUUGCCAAAGCCAACCCUGGUGACCAUUGCCCGGUCUAGCUUGGAUGAUUACUGUCCCGCAGACCAAGUUGAGUUCAUACAGGAGAAAGUUUUAGAUCUGCUGAGUUCGGCAUAUGGCACACUGGACAUUCAUCUAGAAUACUCGAAAAAUUCAUGUCCCACUGGGACAGCUUAUUCCCCCACGGCAUGAGCUAUCAGAUUGCUAUCAUGGGAAAAAUAUGGAUAUGAUGAAACUUCUUUUUCUCUUGUCCGUUGUUACCCCCCUGUCACGUCAGUUUUGACUCACAGCAUUAAUUAAUUAAUGAUCUUCAAAAGUUCCUAAUGUUCAUAGGCUCAGGUCUUGGAAAUUUAAAGCUGUGUCUCCCUUUCUUGAGCCAAUCUCUCUCAUGUUAGUUCUUUCUACAUGGAAUGGCAUCCUUGCAAAAGCAAGGACUAUUUCUGAGGAUGGGCUGUGUUUCAGAUACCCAUUGUCCUCACUUUUUCAUUGUGCUUUCCCCCUUUUUUUAGUAAUUGUGCCAAAACAUUUUAAAGGGGUGCAAAAGACACAAUGCAGAAAUAGAAGUACUGUAGUAAUGAUAUAUGUAAAAAAUUCAACCAGAUUUUUUUGCUCCUUUUGUUAUUUACACUUAGUAAAGGUAAAUCAACCAAUUUGUGGCUUAUGUUUAUUUUUUAAAGGGGAAAACUGAUUUGGAAAUAGUGCUUCCUGUAUUUUUGCAGACAAGAGCCAGGCAAGAGUAGGAAGAAGAGAUCACUAGUUUACCGUCUUACGUUGAAAUUAUUUCUCCAGAUUUAGCUGGAAUUCCUGAUUAAAGUUUUCUGUUUUGUUUUCAA